UUCACAUCAUUCUUCACUUCUCUUGUCAUCAUUUUUUUGUUUAGCUCCUUCUCCACCAACACAAAAUGGACUCAUCUUUCUGGGUGAAACAAGAAACGGUACCCAAAAAUUACAUGUGGCCAAAGGAAGACUUGGUUGAAGCUUGUGAAGAGCUGAAUGAGCCACUAGUGGAUCUUGAAGGAUUCUUGAAAGGAGACAAGGUGGGAACUCAACAAGCUGCAAGAAUCAUCAGAGAAGCUUGCUUGAAACAUGGAUUCUUUCAAGUGAUCAAUCAUGGUGUUGACUCACGAAUUUUAAGAGCUGCAUAUGAUCAAACAGAAAAGUUCUUCCAGUUACCACCUGACGUAAAAUCAAGGGCUGAGAAAAUCCCUGGAGCACUUUGUGGAUAUGCCCAUGCCCAUACUGAUCGUUUCUCCUCUAAAUUGCCUUGGAAAGAGACAUUAUCUUUCGAUUUCCAUGAGAACUCUCAGGAACCUGUUGUUGUUAAUUACUUCAGAUCCACUUUUGGUGAAGAUUUUGAACAGACAGGAUUGAUUUAUCAAGAAUACUCUGAAGCAAUGAAGUGCUUGUCCCUGGAAAUAAUGGAACUUCUGGCAAUCAGCCUUGGAGUUGACCCACAUUUUUACAGAAACUUUUUUGAGGAUAGUCGCAGUACAAUGAGAUGUAAUUACUAUCCUAUUUGCAAAGAGGCAGGGCUUACUCUUGGCACAGGUGCUCAUUGUGACCCGAUAUCUUUAACCAUUCUAUACCAGGAUGAGAUGGCAGGCUUAGAAGUGUUCGCUGACAACAAAUGGAUGUCCGUUCGGCCUCGUCCCGGUGCCCUAGUCAUUAAUAUUGGCGAUACUUUCACGGCAUUAACAAAUGGGAUAUACAAGAGUGUGCUGCAUAGGGCUGUGGUUAACACACAAAAAGAUAGACUAUCAAUGGCCUUCUUCGUUAACCCAAGAGAUGACAAGGUGGUGACUCCUCCGUCGGAGCUUCUGGGCAACCAAGGGACAAGGAUGUACCCUGAUUUCACAUGGGCAGAUUUGCUUCGAUUCACUCAAUUCCAUUACAGAGUUGAUAGUGACACCUUAAAAAAUUUUAUCGAAUGGUUUCAGUCUUCCAAAUCAGUCAAAGAUCCGUCAGUUCAUUAAAAUGUACUUGUUUGUUUUACAUUUGUGUCUUUCUGGGAAUAAAGAGUGUGAUAAUAAAGUUAGUUCGUCAGCUAUAUGAAUAUGAGAUUCAUGGCUUUGCUAUAGAUUUCUAGGUCUUAUAUAAAAGUUUCUCGAAUGAAAUUUAUAGUGGAAAACCAUUGUAGUCAUAUAAAUGAUCAAUGAAAACGAAGGGUCCUUAGCUCUUCUUUGUUGGAAUU